AUGGUUUUGACUGCAUUGACCCAGUUUAGUUGCAAGGUGAAUGUUGAUGACACCAUUGAGAUGUUACCAAAAUCGAGAAGAGCGCUCACCAUUCAAGAGAUUGCUGCAUUAGCACGAUCAUCGUUGCAUGGUAUCUCCCAGGUGGUCAAGGACCAUGUGACCAAGCCCACUGCCAUGGCACAGGGUAGGGUAGCCCACCUUAUAGAGUGGAAGGGCUGGUGCAAGCCCAUGGACACCCCAGCAGCCCUGGAGUCGGAUUUCAACUCCUACUCCGACCUCACCGAGGGAGAACAGGAGGCCCGCUUUGCUGCAGGUGUGGCAGAGCAGUUUGCAAUUGCAGAGGCCAAGCUGAGGGCCUGGUCCUCCAUUGAUGGUGACGACUCCAAUGAUGACUCAUACGAUGAAGACUUUCUCCCUGCCAAUGAACCAACCACACAAAGCACAGAUGUGCCGUCGUAUCCUCCCUACCUGAAGGACCUGAUCCACAGCCAGGUGUGUCAACAUCUGGGUCUGCAGGGGCCAUGUUGCGAGGGCGGUGGAGGGGGAGGAGAGGGAGGUGGCAGCGGAGAUCCCUCCCCCACGGCAGGCUCUCCAGACACCCUCUGCUCCAGCCUCUGCAGCCUUGACGAGCAUCACCCGCUGCUGCGCGACCUGGGCGGCCACCGCGGCAACACCUCCCACGGCAAUGCGGCCGAGCUGGCCGCCAAGAUCCUGUCGGCGCUCCAGGGGGGAGAGGAGCUGCUGCUGGCUCGCAUCCAGAGGGUGGGGCAGGGGGUGCCCGGGGGCGGGGACUGCGGCUUCCACGCCCUGGGGGGAGGGAGGGGCGGCAGCAGACCCUGUGGGGGUCAGGACUCUCCCUGCUACUCCGCGUCCUACUCCGAGACGUACCUGUCGCCGGGGGAGGACGACGACACUCCCUGCAAGGACUACGAGGGCCCUGUGUGCCAGGUGGAGGCGGAGGGCAAUGGGGAGCAAUUCCCCCCCAACUACGACCCCCGCAGGAGGGUGUCCGACGUGGCCUCCUCAGGGGUAGUCUCUCUGGAUGAGGAGGAGGAGGAAGAGGAG